CUCCGGGGGGCGUGCCCGAGUCUGCGCCUCCGUUACUCAUUCCGGAAGCCAGACACCCCAUCCCCUCCCCAGGGUGACGGGCCCUCGGAUUUCCAAGGCUUGCCGAGGGCUGCCCGGACCGCCGCCCCGCCCCUCGCCCCGCCCCUCGCCCCGCAGGGGGGCGGGGCUCAGGGUUCGGUAGCGUUCCAUUUGUAACCCGCAGGGUUCUGCCGAUUGUCUCUGCUCUCCGCCGCUCGGCGCUCUGUCGUAGCCGCGGACUCAGGAUGUCCGGCCCCAACGGGGACCUGCCCAUGCCAGUGGAGCCUGGCGUCGGGGAGGAGGAUGACUGCUUCGGGGAAGCAGAAUAUGCAGCCAUUAACUCCAUGCUGGACCAGAUCAAUACUUGCUUGGAUCACCUGGAGGAGAAGAAUGACCAUCUUCACGCCCGCCUCCAGGAGCUGCUAGAGUCCAACCGGCAAACAAGAGUGGAGUUCCAGCAGCAGCAGCAGCAGCAGCAGCAGGAGCAGCAGGAGCAGGAGCAGCAGCAGCAGCUCUGUGAGGGUCCAUCUGCUGUUCAGCCCCACUCAUAGGCCCUAGGGGAUAGCAUCCCCUUAUCCUUCCCUUUCCACAGCAGCCUCAGGAGCUCCUGCCCUGGAGGAGGCAUUUGCUGGGUGAGUCAGUGACUCUUAAGUCUCUUUUUAUAGGGGCAAGGAUGCUCUCCCAGCCACAGGCUGUGAACACCAUCUGAAAGGCUGCAGAGACCCUGUUAAGCUUGGGUCCUAGUCUGUUGUUUCCCUCAUUUAUAGCUCCUAAUCCCCAGGCCCAGCUGUUCGCAUUUACUCCCAGAGGAUCACCAAGGACUGUAGUAACUGCCAACCUAACUGCCAACCCAACCUAAGGGUAGGAGAUUGACAGAAUCCAGUCCCUCCAACCCCAAUAAAAUUAAGCACCUCAGACCCGGGGUCAGUUUGGGAAACAGGGAUUCAUUGUCAUUAAACAGAUGUCUUUUACUGUG